CUGAGUUUUAUUUGUGCAUGUGUUGUGUGUUGCGUGAGUUCUAUAACUACAAUGAGUGUGAUAAAUUAAAGUGGAGAAAGUUCAUUAAAGACUCGAUGAUGGUCUUGGGCCAUAAAAAAUUUAGUUAUUUUUUAAAAACAAAUAAGACUUUUUGGAUAGAAACUACAUAUAUUCCUAAGAAAGCUUCAAACGUAUUUGAAGCUUUCGAGGCCGUGUUCAUGGAACUAUGAACCUAGACUCGUUGUCUUUCACUUUGUCACAAAUAAGUUAUUUGAUUGCUACGUUAACUAAAAAAAAUUACAAGCAAGUAGUUGGAGACCUAAAUAAACUUGUUUCUUUGCAUGGUCUGGAGGCGGACCGUCACUUGCUCCAAUGUCUGUUUUCAUCAGUGGACUUUUCUGAGUCUACUACAAAAAUAUCAGCUCCAUCACCCCAAAAUCAAGCACUACUAGAACAGUGUUCUAGUUUGUUGAACAAGCCAUCAUUGUUAACAGCCCUUUGUUAUAUUACAGACAAUCCGUUUCUAAACGAUAAGAAUAAACUUGGACCUCAGUUCUUCCAUCAGUUGAGCAAGUGCCUUCGCCUCUCAGCUGUCCAGGAGGUUGUUUUUGCUAUCGCACUACUUCAUUCGUUAGAUAGUGAAGCUCGAACAAUAGCUCAAACACACUUGAGAUCCACAGUACCCGCUUUAGUUCAGUCUUAUAUAGAUACUGAAGGGAGCAGCCGCCAACACGAAGGAGGCCUUCACGAAACAACGCCUGACGUGCUUCAUUUGAUUUUGUCCACCGUUCUUAAAAAUCCCAAAGAAGUUGGUCUCACCAACGAGAUUCAUACGACUUUUUUGAAAACACUACAACGAGAUUUCCCCAAAGACUUAGUGCCUGUAGUGCUCGCACCGUUAGUGUACCCAGAACAAAGUGAAUUAUCUCCAGAAAUGUCAUCGGAAGGCCCCGGUUUAUCCGGGGGAAUGUUAGAAACUUCAUUAGCAGAUAUAGUGACUGAAUUAGGAUAUAAUUUGACCGCCUCGGUCGAAGAAUGUCGAAGCAAUCUUAUAAAACUAGGAGGAAGGGAUAUAUCCCCCGUAGUUGUAUCACGUGUCCUUGCUGUUAUGUGCCGAACACACAGUGGCCUUGAAGAUUCUAUUCAAAUCCAAGCACCGGGUUCGUUCAACAAAGGAAAAGAUACCAGAACAACUUGGAACAUCGACGUAUUCAUACAAGCAUUAAAAGAAAUCGUUCCUAAUUUUCAAUGGAAUAGUGUCGUCGCUGAAUUAGAUCAUCCUGAAUUCAUCAUUAAAGACAGGCAGGGCUUGUGUUUGUUAAUGAAUGCAUUGAGGCAAGGUCUACAAACAUUCGGCUUUCAUCCGGACACUUUUCCCGUCGACCAAUUGUACAAAAGAUGGCAGAACGUGGAAGGACAAUUCAGUUUGGUCCAAAAUAUUCUAAAAAACCCCGAUGUGUUCUGUUUCGCCGAUUUUUCCUGUGCUCCCGUGGCCGUCGACGCUCUCAAGACGCCUCCCGAGCAAGAUAGCAAAGAAUUGGCGAACUGGAGGUCCUUGAACCUCGUCGAACUGCUAUUAAGUCUUUCAGAAUGCGGGCUGUAUACUCACAUUCACGAGUUAUUUAAGAUGCCAAUGCACAGUUGUCCGGAUGUACUGGUCCUGGCCCUUCUCCAAAUAGCACCGCCAGUCACCUUACUUCGACAAGAAUUGUUUACGACCUUAAUCCCGAUUUUUUUAGGAAAUCACCCGAACUCCGCCAUUAUCUUGCACCACGCAUGGCACACGCAGAACAUUAACAUAAAGCCUAUAAUAAUGCAUGCGAUGGCGGAAUGGUACGUUCGGGGAGAAUGCGACCAGACCAGACUGUCUAGAAUUCUCGACGUAGCCCAAGAUCUCAAAGCCCUAUCGAUGCUUCUAAACGCCCAAUCUGCCCAAUCUUAUCCCUUCAUCAUUGAUUUGGCGUGCCUAGCUUCGAGGAGAGAGUACUUAAAAUUGGAAAAAUGGCUGUCCGAUAAAAUUAACGAGCACGGGGAAACGUUCGUGAUGGCUUGCAUAAAGUUUUUGCACCGCCGACUACCCCAAAUGGGUAAAGAGGAAUCCGUUUCGAAAGUACAAGUUCCACUGCCUUCUGAGACCCUUACUACGAUGAUUGUUUGCCUUCAGAGGUCCAUGAACAACGUCAGCAUGGAAUGUCAAGAAGCCAUAGUUACCGUAGUGAGCAAUUGUUCGCUGAUUUUGAAAUCCAGGCAACAACAACAGCCGACGAUCCUUCGCACGAGAGGCAUAGACGGCGCGAUCAAUCCGUCGGUUUUCGCGCCGCUCUACAGCCAUUCCGGCGUCGAUUCGUUGCAAGGACUCAACACGUCGUUGGCCAAUAUAAACCUGGCUGGUCCGACGAAUUCGACCUUCACGUUGCAAGGCGGCUUGGGACCGUUGGUACCGUCUCCGGGUUCGCCGUCUCGAAUCCUCAACGCCGGCCCGUCCAACAGCCCGUUUCCCAUGAUGCCGUUGCAACACCAAGGACCGGCCGGCACCAGCUCUUCGUUGGUCCUCGGCGUCAACCAGAUGAGCAAUUUGGGCAGGAUGGGACCGAAUCCGACGAUAGACAAAACGCGCUUGCCCGAAUACAAUUUGUUCCCGGACAUUUCGCCUCACGUUUCCAAAGAUAUCGAAGACGAAGCCAACAACUAUUUUCAAAGGAUUUACAAUCACCCGCCGAAUCCUACGCUGUCCAUCGAUGAAGUGCUGAACAUGCUGAAGAGAUUCCAAGAUUCUCAUAACAAACGGGAAAAAGAGGUAUUCAACUGUAUGCUAAGAAGCCUUUUUGAAGAGUACAAAUUUUUCCCCCAAUACCCCGACAAAGAAUUGCACAUAACCGCACAACUAUUCGGCGGUAUAAUCGAAAGAGGAAUCGUAACAUCCUACGUGGCAUUAGGACUGGCCCUCCGGUUCGUUUUGGAGGCCCUGAAGAAACCGGAAGGUUCGAAGAUGUACUACUUCGGCAUAGCGGCGUUGGAUCGCUUCAAGAGCCGCUUGAAGGAGUACCAAAAGUACUGCGAACACGUCAGGGCGAUACCGCAUUUCAACGAUUUCCCGCAACACCUGCAAGAGUACGUCGAGUACGGUUUGCAGAGCGCCGAGCCGCCUUUGAAGCCCGAAGGUCCGGUGUUGCCGCCGAGUUUGGCGGCGAUGCUGGCGCCGCCUAACGCUUCGACGGUGUACAAAACGACGAGCGUGCCCAACACGGCGCCGUCGAAAGUCACGACGCCGUCUAAUACGAUGGGUUCCAGACCGUCGAUCGCCAACGCCACGAACAUCGACACGCUCCUAGUGGCUACCGAAAAGGAGGAAAAGGCCAUCGCUCCGCCCGAACCGCUUCAGGACAAGACGGCGUUCAUUUUCAACAAUUUGAGCCAGUUGAAUUUGAAGCAAAAAUGCGACGAACUUAAGGAUUUGGUGACCGACGAGUACUACCCGUGGUUGGCGCAGUAUUUGGUUAUGAAACGGGCGUCUAUCGAGUUUAAUUUCCACGGGUUGUAUUCGAAUUUUUUGGACACGCUCGGUAUCAAUGAAAUCCUGCGUUUGGUCACCAGAGAAACGUUUAGAAACAUUCGAGUUCUGCUUAGAUCUGAUAAAGCGAUUGCUAACUUUUCCGAUAGAUCGCUGUUGAAGAAUCUAGGACAUUGGUUGGGAAUGCUGACGCUAGCGAGAAACAAGCCGAUUUUACAAAUCGAUCUCGACAUGAAGUCUUUGUUGGUAGAAGCCUAUCACAAAGGACAGCAAGAACUCUUGUACGUCGUACCGUUCGUCGCCAAAGUCCUCGAAUCCUGCGCGAAGAGCAAAGUCUUCAAGCCGCCCAAUCCUUGGACCAUAGCCCUUAUGAACGUCCUGGCGGAAUUGCACUCCGAAACCGACCUCAAGCUGACCCUAAAAUUCGAAAUAGAAGUCCUCUGCAAGCACCUCGACAUCGACGUGACGCAACUGAAGCCGGCCGUUUACCUAAAAGACCCGGAUCGCAUCAGGAAAAUCGAGUACCAGCUAUCGCAGCCGCUCAAAAAGGAGCCCAUCAUGCAGCCGAACGUCAACCAGGGCGGCAACCUCACCGACCAAGAACUGGCCAACAUCAUUCCCAGCCAACAGACCAGCUCGCCCGUCGUGCAAAACAACAGCACGACGCCGACGUCCGCCCUGCCGGCGCCGCCCGAGCCCCGUUUCGGCUACUCCGACAUCCACACCGCCGGCAUGCAGGCCUUCCAGGCGCACACCGUCAUCUCCCCUUCGAUACUGCUGUUCCAAACUCAACCGCAACUCAAGGCGCUCGUGCGCACCUCCAUCGAACGGGCCGUGCAGGAAUGGAUCGCGCCAGUCGUCGACAGGUCGAUUAAGAUAGCGUUGCAAACGUGCGAGCAAAUCACCAGGAAGGAUUUCGCGUUGGAUCCGGACGAGAAUCGCAUGCGGCUCGCCGCCCAUUACAUGGUGGGCAACCUGACGGCAGGCAUGGCGAUGAUUACUUGUCGCGAGCAACUGCUGACCGCGAUUAAUACGCACCUGAAGCAAGCGCUGCUCACCAAUAUGGUGUCGCCCACCGUGCAACAGAAGGAGAUGAUCGAUCAGGCGGCCAGCGUGAUCGCCAACGACAACAUGGAACUCGCCUGCGCGUUCGUCCAGAAAACGGCCAUCGAAAAGGCCUUUCCGGAGAUCGACAAGAGGCUAAUGAGCGAGUACGAAUUGAGGAAGAUCGCUCGACAGGAAGGACGGCGUUACUGCGACGCCAUCGCUCUCACGUACCAAGCCGAACGGAUGCCCGAGCAGAUUCGAUUGAAAGUGGGCGGCAUAUCGCCCAAUCAGAUGGCCGUGUACGAGGAAUUCGCGCGCAACAUACCGGGUUUUUUACCGAACGAACGCGACGCCACGAUAUUGAUACAGAAGCAAACGCCCAUCGAAGUCCAAUCGCACUCGACCACUCCCUUUCCCGUCCCGCAAACGCUUCUGACGACCGACGACAUCGCUUUGUUGUACGAAAAAUUGACCGUCGAAGUGGAACAAUUCGUCCUGCUGACCAACGGCCAGGCGCAGUAUUCGAUGAUGAACGCCAGCAUGUUGGUCAUGAGGGACUGUUUGAUGCACAUGCUGAGAAACCGCGACAUUACACCGCAAGCCAUCGUACAGAAGUGCGUCGAAACCCUGCAAGAUUGCCUCGUGCCGACGUUGAACGAGACCGAUCCGGUCGGUUUGCGUUUCAAAGAGGUGGUGGUGAGGAUUCUGAAAACGCUGCAGGAUCACCGGGUGUACGGCCAACAGUGGACCAACAAGCACGCGACGCGAUAUCUGACCGAGUGCCGCGACGAACAGCAGCGCUACAACAUCGAGGCCGUCGAUACUCUGAUCAAGAGCGGCUUGGUGAACGUGCCCCAAUACGAUCUGGCGCUGGCCCAAUGCAUGGAGAACGGUCUGAACUACAUGGGCGUGAAUUUCGCCAUGCAAUUGGUGCAGUUGUAUCUGAUCGACGAUAGAUCCGGGCAAUUCGUGACGGAGAACGAUUUGUGUAAUACGAUUGAAAUGUUGGCCAAAAUCCAAACCCAUACGAGACAACCGCCGGAGGGUUUAGGUAAUAUUAUGGACAAUCUGAGACAAAGCGAACCGAAUUCGUAUUUCGGUGACAGAGCCACGAUCGGACCCACCGUUCACAUUCACAAUGGAAUUUUGCAGGUCCGCGUGCCGAACUACGAAGAUCCGCCGGGCCUGGUGGAGAAGACCGAUCAGCUGUUGCGCGACUGGAUAACCAUCUAUCACACGCAAAACCAAGGGCGCGACUCGACCAAGGCCUUCAGCAUGUUCGUGCACCAGAUGAACAUGUACGGCAUCCUGAAAACCGACGAUCUGAUAACGAGGUUCUUCCGCCUGUCGACGCAGCUGUGCGUCGAAACCGUCUACAGGAUCCUGGCCGACAAGACGGCGACGAACGUGUCGCUGUUGCGGCCGAAGUGCUACCACACGCUCGACGCGUUCGUCCGUUUGGUGGCGUUGCUGGUGAAACAUUCCGGCGACGCCAGCAAUACGACGACAAAAAUCCAUCUAUUGAACAAGGUAGACUUGCUGCAGGUGCUCGGGAUUGUGGCGGGUUGUUUGCUACAGGACCACGAUACCCGUACGACGGAGUUCCAACAGUUGCCUUACCAGAGGAUAUUUACGAUGUUGUUUUUGGAGUUGAACGCUCCCGAGCCCGUUUUGGAGGCCAUUAAUUACCACGUUUUGAACGCGUUCUGUCACACGUUGCACAUACUGCGACCCACUAAGGCGGCCGGUUUCUGUUACGCUUGGUUGGAAUUGGUUUCCCAUCGAGCUUUUAUGGGUAGAAUGUUAGCCAGUAGCCCCCAACAAAAGAAUGAUUGUAGGUGUUGGCCGAUGUACGCCCAACUGUUGGUCGAUUUGUUCAAAUAUUUGGCGCCGUUCCUGCGAAACGCCGAGCUCGCCAAGCCGGUGACGAUGCUCUACAAAGGGACGUUGCGCGUGCUGCUCGUCCUCUUGCACGAUUUCCCCGAAUUUUUGUGCGAUUACCACUACGGUUUCUGCGACGUGAUACCGCCCAAUUGCAUCCAAAUGAGAAACUUGAUACUGUCGGCGUUCCCGAGGAACAUGCGAUUGCCCGAUCCGUUCACGCCCAAUCUGAAAGUCGACAUGCUCCAGGAGAUCUCCUACGGCCCGAGGAUACUUACUAACCUAUCGUUGAUGAUAACGCCGCCGCAGUUUAAGAAAGAUUUGGAUUCGUAUUUGAAGGCUCGGGCGCCCGUUACCUUUUUGUCGGAGCUCAGAAGUAACUUGCAGGUUUCGAACGAACCGGGCGUGCGUUACAACAUCCCUUUGAUGAACGCUUUGGUACUUUACGUAGGUACUCAAGCUAUUACCUACAUAAGAAACAAGGGUCAUACGCCGAAUAUGUCGACGAUAGCGCACAGUGCUCACAUGGACAUCUUCCAAAACUUGGCCGUCGAUCUCGAUACGGAAGGUAGAUAUCUCUUCUUGAACGCUAUCGCUAAUCAGUUGCGCUAUCCGAACAGUCACACUCACUACUUCUCAUGCACUUUGCUCUAUUUAUUCGCCGAGGCCAAUACGGAGGCCAUACAGGAGCAGAUAACGAGAGUGUUGUUGGAGAGGUUGAUUGUGAACAGACCGCACCCUUGGGGUCUGCUCAUUACGUUUAUAGAAUUAAUCAAGAAUCCGACGUACAGAUUUUGGCAGCACGAGUUUGUUCAUUGCGCGCCCGAAAUUGAAAAGUUGUUUGAAUCUGUCGCAAGAUCAUGUAUGGUAAAAUCGACUGUGCAAACGCAAGAAGGAGAGAUACCAGAGUGAUAAGCAUUUUUGUGAUUUGUACAUAAUUCUAUAAAAAGGAAAAUGUGACACUUUUUUUUUGUUUUGUUUGUAAUUGAAGCUUAAUUUUUGGGAGCCACGCAUUUUAUUUUUAGGAAAUAAGGUGAUCAUAGUGUAUAGAGAUUAAUUAGUGUAAUAUAUUAGGUAUUUUUAAGAAAUUUUCAAGUAUUUGUAACUAGUAUACAUAAUAUGUGGAUGUAAUAAAUGGUUUUCAAUGUUUUGAGCAUUAAAGUUUAGUUUCAUUUCUUCAUAAUUUCAUUUUUUUAAACACCAUUUAUUUAAUCAUACUUUGAAAAUAAAAUAAUUUGUCGUGGUAAAACAUGCAUAAUUUAAACAAAAUCAUCAAGUUUCAAGUUUUCAUUAAGUCCAAAAUAAAUUGCCUUAAAGAGAACUGGGGAUGUUUUGUCAAGAAAUAUUACAUAAUUACAGUAUGUUCACCAAUUUUUAUAAGACUAUUGAAUAAUAAAUGACGUUUGAAAUAAGUGCUUCAUUUUUACGUUAGUGAUAAUUAUUUGAGCAAUUUCUUCUGCAGGCAAUUUAUCUCAAAAGAAAAAUCGUGCUUUUUAAAGUAAUAUUUUUUUAACAUAAUCGCACGUCAAUGCAAAAAUUCCACCAGGAUUGGAUCACA